AUGCGUAUCUGUUACCAGCCAUCAUCUUCAAGUCUAAAAAAUAUGGCUAAAUUGAACAGUUUCCGAACAAACGAAAAACUCUUAUCAGUUGAAAUUAAACAUGCGUUCAAUCCUAUAGUGUUUAUCCAGUUGUCGAUACGGACAAGAAGUAUUUCUCAUAUAAAACAGGGCACAUGUGCUUUAAUCGAAAAAGAUGAUGUAGCACAAGAGAUCUGUUUUAAGAAGAGUAUACAAGCAGCUAAUAAACUUCUACAACAACACGAUUCAUCAAAUCAUCGGUUCCAGCUUAUACCGAUUAUAGAGACAAUUGAUGGAGACGACAGUUUCGAAGCAACUCGUAAAGCCUGUCAGCUUCUUGAACGACAGGUGAUCGCAGUUUACGGGCCAUCAACACCGCAUGCUUCAUCAGCAGUACAAGCUUUGUGCAAUCAGUUCGGUAUACCGCAUUUACAAAUUGACUGGGGCUAUCGUCAAACAUCUCGUGGUUAUGCCUUAAAUGUACAUCCGCAUUAUUUAGCUUUUGGACAGGCGUUAUACGAUUAUGUACAGAAAGCUGAAUAUUGGGAUACAGUAGCUGUUAUUUAUUCCAAAGAAGAAAAUUCAGAUUACACUACAACUUCUGAACAGAAUGCACAGAUUACUCAAACUCACUUUCGUUUUAUUGUGGAUAUACCUUUCUGGGAGAUUCAAGAAUUUCUAGCACUUGCAAAUUCGUACAACAUGACGUCACAAUAUUAUAGUUAUGUGUUUACAGACUGGGUAAGACAACUUUUUCAUUGUAAUUUACCUGACAAAAGAUGUUCAACUGUCGAUCCGAAGGCAUUUGAAUCUGUUCAAGGAGCUAAUAUUACAACCUUCUCAAUUUUACAUCCUAUGAAUGAGGAGUCUGGAUAUGGAGUAGCCGCAUUACUAGACGAUAUACGUGUAACUGCUUUACAAGAUAAACGUUUCACGCGUAGCUCAACAUCACGAAGUAUUAGUCCUACACAUUCUGCACUUCUUUAUGAUGGUUUAAGUUUGCUUGCAAUGGGUGUUCUGUCAUCGUCACGUUCAACAAAUAUUCUACCACCAGCUGGUCUCUCCUGUCUAGUUAAUCGUGUUUGGAAUCCAGGACUGACGCUGAUGAAUGAUAUAAAAGCUGUACGCCCAACCAGUUUCCGAGGUCUGACUGGACCAUUUCAGUUUGAUGGACAUGGUUGGCGUUCAAACGCUUACUUGAUUAUUCUGGAACUAGGUCGAAAUGGUUUUCAAGAAUAUGGUUACUGGAAUAUGGAUGAAGGUCUGGUUGUAACAAAAAAUUUCAGUCUAACAAAACAAGAAUAUCAAUCUGAACUAAAAGGAAAGGUGCUACGUAUAACUACACAAGAAGAAAAGCCCUAUAUGAUGUAUAAAGGAAAAACAUUACCUGGUCAGCCAAAGUCGACAGAUCCUAAAGACUGGGAAGGAUUUUGCAUUAGUUUAUUAAAUUAUAUCAGUGAAGACUUGCAAUUCACAUACACAAUUAAUUUGGUCCCAGAUUCAACAUAUGGUAAUAUGAAAAUUGUUGACGGUGUUGAGACAUGGGAUGGAAUGGUGCAAGAACUACGAACUCGGCGUGCUGACUUAGCUGUUGGAUCAUUUACUAUCACUUAUGAUCGUGAACGUGUUAUCGAUUUCACAACACCAUUCAUGUACUUGGGGAUAAGUAUUAUCUACAAACGCCCAGAAGACAAAGAAUCACAUCUUUUUUCUUUUUUAACGCCUCUUUCACCGCCGGUUUGGGGCUAUAUCUUAGCAGCGCUAAUCAUGGUUAGCUUAGUAUUGUUUGUUGUGGCAAGAUUUAGUCCAUACGAGUGGAAAGUGAAACAUCCGUGUAAUGUGGACUCUGAAGUUGUUGAAAACAAUUUUAAUGUGUCCAACAGUCUUUGGUUCACAUUCGGUUCAUUAAUGCAGAAAGGUUCAGACAUUUUACCUCAUGCCACAUCAACUCGCAUUAUAGCUGGAUUUUGGUGGUUUUUUACACUCAUCGUCAUCUCGUCGUAUACAGCUAACUUAGCUGCUUUCCUCACUGUGGCACGAAUGGUUGCACCGAUUGAAAAUGCCGAAGAUUUGGCUAAGCAAACAAAAAUUAAAUAUGGCUCUAUACAGGGUGGUUCAACUACAGCAUUUUUUGAGGAAUCCAACUUUUCCACCUAUAAGCGAAUGUGGCAGUUUAUGAGUUCACAGAAAGGACUAUUAAUGAAUAAUACACUGGAAGCAAUACAACGUGUUAAACGAGAAGAAUAUGCUUUUCUACUUGAAUCAACAAUGAAUGAAUACUAUACACAACGUGACUGUGAAUUAAUGCAAGUUGGAGGACUGUUAGAUUCAAAAGGCUAUGGAAUAGGAUUACCAGAAGGAUCAAAGUACAGGGAUCCAAUUUCUGAAACUAUUUUAAAAUUGCAAAAGUCUCAAGUAUUAGAACAGUUGAAGUUCUAUUGGUGGAGAAAGCAUGAUAUUGAAAAACCAUGUGACACAUCACCAACAAAGAGUUCAGAUGCUAAUUCCCUAGGUGUUGAAAAAGUUGGCGGGUGUUUUGUUAUGCUACUGAUUGGUAUGGCUGUAUCAUUACUUGUUGGCCUAUUAGAAUUUGUAUGCAAUGCAUAUCGUCGUGUAGCAAAUAAAAAGCAUAAUUUACAUGAAGAGAUUGCUCGUGAUUUCCGCUUCUCAUGGCUUGCUCAAGUUUGCUUGUCUACUGAUGGUGAUCAAAAGAGAUCAUUUUCAGACUCUUUAGCCUAUGCCCCUUGUUUGCCUGCUCCUGUUCCAGUGAUGAAUGAAAAUCAUGUUGGCAAACCAACACUACUACCGAAUCUCUCACAAUCAUCUCGUACUUCGCUAGGGGAUUCAAAAAAUACUGUAGUAGCAGCAGAUAGUGAACAAAAGGCUACACCAUCUCUGGUUCAGACACAGGCACAAGGAUAUGAAUGUCAAGUGGAAUCAUUUCCAGGUGUGUACCCUGAGUCACGUCUUGCAGAACGAAAUCCACUAGACGACGUUGAUUUGGGCCGUAAUUUGGCUGUACAGUCACAGCGUGACAGAACAAAUUUCGCUUAUUUAAAUCCCAACGAUCCUGAUUAUACUCAACGCCAGUCUACUAUAAAUCCUAAUUAUCCAACUGAACAGAUGAGCUCACAUGAAAGGGAACCUACAGAGGAAUGGCGUAUUGGUCCAGCCCCAACAUUCACUGGAACAUCAACAGGUAUCGGUUUCCGUCUUGGAUACACAACACUUCAAAGUGGUUCAGUUGAACAAGAGUCAAAGACUUUAGAUAACUGGUCAGGACCAGGAAAAAUACUUACUGGUAGUCAACAUGAUGUUCAACUGAAAAAAGUUUCAUGUUAA